AAUCUGCCUUCCGGCCCCCGCUGUGUCCCUCAUCCUGCUGGAUACCUCCAAAUGCCCAGGACAGAGGCACAGACCCCAGCGGCCAGGACCAGAGGACUGGAGAAACGAAGGACAUCCGACUGUGGGUGUGAGAGCAGUGCUGCGGCGGCAUGGAGGCGCCUCUGCAGACGGAGAUGGUGGAGCUGGUGCCCAACGGCAAGCCCUCCGAGGUGCUGCUCCCAGCCAGCUCGCCCACGGCCAUGCACCAGCGGGCUGAGGACCCGGGACAAGGCUGUGUCGAGGGCAGGGGCUUCCUACAGAAAAGCCCCGGCAAGGAGCCACACUUCACCGACUUCGAGGGGAAGACAUCGUUCGGGAUGUCAGUGUUCAACCUGAGCAACGCCAUCAUGGGCAGCGGCAUCCUGGGGCUCGCCUACGCCAUGGCCAACACGGGCAUCGUCCUCUUCCUGUUCCUGCUGACGGCCGUGGCCCUUCUCUCCAGCUACUCCAUCCACCUCCUCCUUAAGUCCUCAGGGAUUGUGGGCAUUCGCGCCUAUGAGCAGCUGGGCUACCGCGCCUUCGGCACCCCGGGCAAGCUGGCAGCGGCACUGGCCAUCACACUACAGAACAUUGGCGCCAUGUCCAGCUACCUGUACAUCAUCAAGUCCGAGCUACCCCUCGUCAUCCAGACCUUCCUAAACAUGGAGGACAAAACCUCAGACUGGUACCUGAACGGGAACUACUUGGUAAUCCUGGUCUCUGUCACUGUCAUUCUGCCUCUGGCACUGAUGCGACAGCUUGGCUACCUGGGCUACUCCAGCGGCUUCUCUCUCAGCUGCAUGGUGUUCUUCCUGAUUGCAGUCAUCUACAAAAAGUUCCAAGUGCCCUGCCCGCUGCCCUCCAGCUCGGCCAACAGCACGGGCAACAUCAGCCACGUGGAGGUCCUUGGGGAGAAGGUGCACCUGCCAGGCGAGGCUGAAGCUGCAGCUCUCUGCACCCCGAGCUACUUCACACUCAACUCACAGACAGCGUACACCAUCCCCAUCAUGGCUUUCGCCUUCGUCUGCCACCCCGAGGUGCUGCCCAUCUACACCGAGCUCAAGAACCCUUCCAAGAAGAAAAUGCAGCACAUCUCCAACCUGUCCAUCUCUGUCAUGUACGUCAUGUACUUCCUGGCUGCCCUCUUCGGCUACCUCACCUUCUACGAUGGGGUGGAGUCAGAGCUGCUGCAUACCUACAACAAGGUGAACUCGUCUGAUGUGCUGAUCCUAUGUGUGCGCGUGGCCGUGCUGACAGCUGUCACACUCACAGUGCCAAUUGUUCUCUUCCCGGUGCGCCGUGCCAUCCAGCAGAUGCUGUUCCAGAACCAGGAGUUCAACUGGCUGAGGCACAUACUCAUCGCCACAGGCCUGCUCACUUGUAUCAACCUGCUGGUCAUCUUUGCCCCCAACAUCCUGGGCAUCUUUGGGGUCAUCGGUGCCACAUCUGCCCCAUGCCUCAUCUUCAUCUUCCCUGCCAUCUUCUACUUCCGAAUCAUGCCCACGGAGAAGGAGCCCACAAGAUCCACUCCCAAAGUCCUGGCCCUUUGUUUCGCUGUGCUGGGCCUCUUGCUGAUGACCAUGAGCUUGAGCUUCAUCAUCAUUGACUGGGUCUCAGGGACCAAACAGCCGGGAGGAAACCACUAGGGUGGCCCCAUCCUGUUGUGUCUCCACAUCCUAGCACCCCUGCCCAGACUCUCCGGCCUGCCGGUCUCUGCUCCCAUGCCUUGGCCAGCAGCGGGGGGAGAAAGACCAGGCAGAAAGUAAACACUAUGGCAUUCGCCCCACCCCAUGUCCUCUCUGUAGAAGGUCUUUGUUACAGAUCCAGGACCAAGGCCCUUGGGCCACCCCCCUGCUGGGCUUCAGAGCUGCAGGGGCUUCCUGAGCUGGGGGCAGGGUGGGACUGAGGCCUCAGAUCCUGCCUGAACCCUCAUCCUUCCUCCCCAUGCCUCCUGAGGUCACAGCCGCUGGGGGGCAAAUAAAGCCAGAACCCAGGCCCUCAGCCAUCUUCCGGAGGGGCUGCUGGGCCAGGUCUAAGCCUGGGGCCUCUGUCCGCAGCCCCUUUGUUCUCCCUCCUCCUCUCCCCUGGUCCCUACAGACUUGGGCUCAGCCCCUUGGAUCCCCAUGUCCUCUUCUUCCACCGCCUCCACAGGAGGAGACUCCAUUGCACCCCAAAGCUGGGGUUACCAGGUUUUGCUGACAGUGGGGCUGGAGUGAGCACCCCCAAAGGACCUCUGCCCUAUCUCUUCCCCAGUCCCGGGGAGGCUGGGACUCCCCCUCCCCAGCCUGGGUCGAAGGUCACAUUCCACUGCUGGGAGAAGGGAGAGGCUGGGGCCUACAGUAUCCUUCCCCAGGGAGCCAAAGACCCCAGGGCUGGGGUGGGGAGGCUGGCGGCCCCCUUUUAUAAAUAUGAUACAGAAGA